AAGGUAUCCUGCUAGUUUUCUAGAAAAGGCCAGUUCAGUAUUUGCCCAUCGCAGUGUCCCGGGAACCGGCGGAAGUGCUACAACUUAAAAGUCCGAAACGCUUCUGGGUGUUGGAAAUCGUUCUCCGAAUCAGAUUUUCUGUUCCCCGUGUGUUUUGUUAGGUCCUCAUGAUGCGACGCCAGUACGCUGUCGAUUCCGGCGGCGCCAAUUACGGUGGCGCCGCGGCGCCGGCCUCAGUGCACCACCACCACCACCACCACCAUCUUCAACAGAGGAUGGACCAGCAGCAGCAGCCGAGUAGCGGCGGCGGCGGUGCUAGUGAUUUCGAAGGACGACUAGAAGCGUUCACACCGGAGAGGGAUAGCAAUCCCAAUCCUAUACCGUACGGCGCUUCGAAACCAGAGGCCCAGUGGAGAUGGGAGAGAGAUGCUUCCAAACCCUCCAACCCUUUGACUCCCCAUCUCUUCAAUGAAGGUCAAGUGGGUGAUACACCUAGAUCCUAUUUCCAGGGUCAAAGGGCCAAUCCAAAACAUUCUUUAGAGACACAGAGCAACAGUGAUUCCCGAUCUCAACCUCAUAUUGAAGAUGUGGACCUUGGAUAUGAGGAUAAUCCUUCCUUGCAGUCCUUUGACGAUCUUGAACAGAAGUUCCGUGAUGACAUUAGGAAAUUAACCAAUGAACAUAACGAUGCUGAGGAUGCAGAAAAUGCUAGACACAAAGAGAAAAUUGGUACAAUCAAUACUCAGUAUGAAGAACAAUUAGCAUCACUUCGGAGCCGGCAUGCUGGUCAUAGAGAUGAGUUACUUCGGAGGGAAUCAAAUGCCCGGCAGCAUCAAUACCAGCAAGCCGUGAUGGAUCGUUACCCUAAAAGCAGCAUGGGCUCCUCUGAUAUUCAUGGUUACAGUGGAAAUCCGGCUUCAGCUACUGCUGGGGAUGCACGCAGAAGUUACGAAACUGACCAAUAUGAUUCUUACAGAGAGCGUGCUAGAUUUCUUGGGGGUUCCCGUGAUCCUGGGUUUAAGCCUAGGGGACCAUAUCCAGGAGGCCGUGUUUAUGAUACUGGCUCACGCUUUUACUAGUUACCCUUUUGGUCUACUGGACUUUCUUCUCCAGGUUUAUGCAUAUCAUAUCAGUGGGAGGCACAUCGCCAUCAGUGUAAGUUUGUAAGAUCCAGCACACUCCUAAAAAACAAAAAUUUCUCUCUCUAUUCAGCGGGUCUCUCUCUCUCUCUCUCUCUCCCGGUUUGAGAGUCAUCGCUGCGCCUCACCUUUGUGGUGACAUCUCACUCUUAGUAGUGAUUCCUCAUCCUUGUGGUGAUUUCCCUGAGUCAUUCUCAGUCUUUUCCUGCCUUGUUUAUUCUCCUUUUUUCUACAGCCUGAAUCCUAGUCCAAGUUCCAACCCCAAAUAUCAUCGUUCCACCCAUCUUAUCUCUCAAUCUUCUCCCUCCAGAUCUUCGAUCUUAGAACUACUCUCAUCUAUGCUUCUUAGAUGCCACAACUUUGAAUCCGCAACGACUACUUAAAAACGCGAAUCUUCGCGUAUCAAGUGGAAGGUGUGUAGAGCUUUGACUCGAGUGCAUGCACCACCUCCUUUCUUGUCUUGGUUUGUUUUGGUUCUUGAUCUCGUGGGUGCUCUUUGCUCAUUGUUCCAUAAGUGGUUGCUGCAAAUUAGAAGUGGUGGUGUUGAUAAGUUGCUGGGCAGAGAUUAUAGACCCAUGGUUGGAUCGCUAGAUUCACUCUACAAUUUUAUGUUUUUGUUAUUUGGGAUUUCUUGGCUCGGACUUUUGCAGUCGGAUUUCUCCGCGAGCUGUAUUUUUGAACGAAGAUGGAGUGCAGCGACAACCUCUGUCUUGCCGGUGGUUGAGGAGAAUGUAGUAGUUACUGUUAGGGUUUGUCUCUACCUUUGUUAUGCAGUGGUGUUUUCAUGGAAUGCUUAUUUUAAUGAAGUAUCAUGUUUUUAUUUUUAUUUUUAUUUUUAACAUAGUAGAAUAGUAGUAGAAGUUUUCUCAUCUACACAAUUGAACCUGGCAAGCUGGAUUGCACUCACUGGUCAUUUUCUGUAGUACGCUAAUAACCUCUAUCUAAGAUGA